UUCUCAAGACCUGGUCUGGAGAAUAACCAAUAGAAGUCUUCUUGUCAUUUCUCAGUUUGAUUUGUGCACUUGAACUGGAAGAACUGGUUGGACAAUAACCACUUGACGUCAUCUUGUCAUUUCUCAGUUUGAUUUGUGCACAGAAACUGGAAGAUGCAGUGAUGAUGGGUGGCAAUGAGCGGGAUGAGCUGAUAGAGGACGAGAGAAGUCGGAUUAUUGAGCAACUGCAGGCAGGUACUGAAAUGAUAGUAUAUCAGCAGAGGGCUGAGAGACUCACUGUCCAGGUCCUGAUGGAGACCAUGCAGGUGGCCUUGAUACGCUCCGGCGAAAGGAUAGUCACAAUGUUGGACAUUUUUGAGAUCAAGGAGGUUCGCCAGGAUUUCCAGCGAUUUAACGAGAGCAUGGGGAAUAUAUUUCGAAGAAUCUUUCGGCAGUCUGAAAAAGAGAUUCAGCAGGACAGCAAAACGUGUUUCACCAUCUUCUAUGGAUCUGAGUUUAUUUUAGAGUCACUGAGUCUAAACGCUGAUUCAGUGGAGGAUGCAGAAAAAUGGCUGACAGGACUGGAGUUACUCAGACAGGAGACACUGGUGGCUCACACACCAGAGAUUAUAGAGAGUUGGCUGAGGAAGCAGAUGUACUCGGUUGAUCAGACAAAGAAAAAUAGCAUCACCCUGAAAGAGCUCAAGUCUCUCUUGCCACAAAUGAACUUCAUUGUGCCAAGUGGACGUUUUCUGGAGGACAGAUUUGUGGAGGUGGGAGCUAAAGAUUAUGUCCUGGAUUUUCAGCAGUUUAUCAAAUUCUACAAUCUUUUAGUAUUUGAAAACCAGAAGACGUUGCUAGAAGAGUUUGAAAAGGGGCCUGCCGCUUUCACAAUGAGUAAUACUGAUAGGCCUGAAUCUGCUGUACUUCCCCUCUAUGAUUUUCAAAACUUUCUUUUAUAUAGACAGAAGGAGAACUGGGCCAAAGAUUGUAAUAAGGUACAAGAGUUGAUGACCAUCUUCAUCGAUGACACCAUGAGGAAGUCCAAUGUCCCAAAGUUUACUGUUGGAGAGUUCCUCAGUUUUCUCUUCUCCAAAGAAAAUUCAAUUUGGGAUGAGAAGUUCUCAGAGAUUUUCCCACUGGACAUGAACAAUCCUCUGUCUCACUACUGGAUCAACUCUUCUCACAACACAUAUUUGACUGGAGAUCAACUGCGCAGUGAGUCCUCAACAGAAGCUUAUGUGCGCUGCCUGAGGCUGGGCUGCCGCUGUAUUGAGUUGGACUGCUGGAAUGGUCCAGAUGAACCUGUCAUCUACCAUGGUCGGACCAUGACCUCCAAGAUAAAAUUUAAGGAUGCGGUGAAGGCCAUCAAUGAUCAUGCUUUCAUAACAUCUGAGUAUCCUGUGGUGCUGUCCAUAGAAGAACACUGUGAUAUCAAGCAACAGAAAAUGAUGGCUCAGAUGUUACGAGAUGUUUUCCAGGACAAACUCCUGACCGAGCCACUGGAUCCAGAAGCAGAACAUCUACCCUCACCAAACCAACUGAAGGGCAAGAUCAUCAUCAAGCACCAAAAAAUAAAAGAGAGCGAUCGCACUGAUAAGCUGGAGGAAGAAAAGGGAAACGCGGCUGUGAAAAGGAAAUUAGACAGCUUCAAGAAAAUUGGAAACAUUUACAGAGAGAAGAUAAGAAAUGCUAAAGAAAACAGUGUAAUGGAGAAGGAAGGCGAGCUUUGCAUCUGGGAUUCAAUAGAUAAGAGGUUUUACAAGCAUGACUGUGUGAUCUUGGAUAAUAAGCUGUACUAUUCAGAAGAGAAGUGGGAGGAAGACAGUACUAAGGACGGUUCAGACCUGUACCUGUCAGAGACCUGGUUUCAUGGACGGUUGGCCGGGGGCAGAAGAACCGCUGAAAAACUCCUGCGUGAAUUCUGUAAAGGGAGGGAUGGAAAAGAUGGAACGUUUCUGGUGCGAGAGAGUGACACGUUCAUCAGAAACUACAGUAUCUCCCUCUGGACGAGUGGGAGAAUUCAGCACUACAGAAUCUUCUGGUCCUCAGAAAAUGGUCACACAUCCUUCUUUUUGACAAACAAGCAGUGUUUUCCAAGUAUGUGUGCCUUGAUCGAGCAUUAUAGACAAAAUCUGAUUGAGUAUGAUGGAUUCAACUUGCGUCUUACGAGUUUCCUGCCUCGGCUCAAUUUUGUGUCUCACCACCAUAGGGGGUGGUUUUACAGUAACCUGAGUCGAGCCGAAGCAGAAGACUAUCUUCUGAGGAUCCCUCGAGAUGGAGCCUUCCUCAUCAGACAGAGAGAAGAGCCGGACACCUUUGCACUUUCAAUCAGAGUUGAAGGGGAUAUCAAACACUUUCUGAUAUGCAGAGACAACAGCAAGUAUGUGCUGGCAGACAUCUACGAGUUUUUUAGCCUUGAAGACAUGGUCAGGUGUUUCCGUGAGCAUAUUUUACAAGACAAGAUAAAACUACGCUACCCUGUAACACCACAAUUAGUGGAGCGCUUCUAUAUGGAGGAUCUCUCAACAUAUGAUAGUGAGCUGUACAGUGAGGUCGCUGAAGACAAUCCCUUAGGUGUCCAAUGUAAAGGUGUGGUGGACAUCUCUAUGUGUAAUGUUGCUCGCAAAGCCAAACAUGCCAGAUACCUCGUGGUGACCCUAAUGAACAAGGAGAAUUUGAGGCAAACCGAGUUCACGUGUGAGAUCUUGGAGCAGCUGGACGAAUGGUACCAGGUGAUUCUCAACAUCAUCCAGAGAGAGCAGAGUUUGGAGAAAGCGAGAAUAGCAGAAAUGGAGUCCAAAACCAACAUAGCUAUUGAGAUGUCAGACAUGGUGGUGUACUGUCAAUCUAUCAAAAAGAGCACAUUUGAAAAAUACAACUACAAAGAGGUUCGCUCCGUCAAGGAUAACAUGAUUCCAAAAGAGGGGAAUGAAACUGGCGUGGAGAAAUCAGACAGCAUUCUGGAGUAUAACCGCACAGCUCUCACCCGUGUGUAUCCCUCCGGAGGGCGAGUUGACUCUUCCAACUUUGACCCUUGUCCUUCAUGGAAAUUAGGCUGCCAAAUGGUGGCUCUCAACUUCCAAACUGCUGAUAAGUUCAUGCAGCUGAACAGUGCUCUCUUCAGUCUGAAUGGAGGCACAGGUUACGUGCUUAAACCAGAGUGGAUUCGAAAUCCAACCAAGAAGAAGCCUCCUAAACAAAACAUCCGAAUCAGAGUGAUAGCAGCCAGGCAUCUGCCCAAUCCAGAUCACAUCAUCAGUCCUUUUGUGCAGGUUGAGCUGUGGCCGUACACAGGAAGUCAAGCAGAUGACUACAUUUUCAAGACUACUAUGUUCAAGGAUAAUGGACUAAAUCCAGUGUGGCUGGGCCCAAUGAAUCCACCAAAAUGCUUUCAAGUAGAUGAGCCGGACCUGGCCUUCCUGCGCUUUGUGGUUUUUGAGGAGGACACAUUUUCUGAUGCUAAGUUUCUUGCACAUGCCACUUUUCCUAUCAGAGGUAUUCGCUCAGGGUAUCGUUCUGUCCCACUGAAGAACAGCUUUAAUGAAAACCUAGAGCUUGCAUCUCUUCUGGUGCAUGCACAGCAGUUAGAGGUGUAAGGUAAAUAGCAAGUCUUAACCACCAGGAACUAGCCGACCAGUCAAUGUAAAUAUGGACUUGACUCACUAUGGACUGUGGACUUCAUUGCAGAAAUACAUUUAACUGCUGUGAUAAACCGAAUGAGAUCUAAAUAAACUGUAUAUAUAUUUGUAUUACUUAAAAUAUAUGCACAUUUGUUCACAUGCUCAUGUUUUCUGGUUCAUAAUGAUACCCGAUAACAGAAUUUCCUUUUCUCCCUAAUGCAUCCUUACAUCUCAAAAUAACAUCACGUUAAAAAACGGGUGCAUAUGUUGGGAAUAUGAAAACCCCCAU